GGAAAGCGCGUCCAUUUGUCCGACAGAAUGCCUGAACCAGCCAAGUCCGCCCCGAAAAAGGGCUCCAAGAAAGCCGUCUCCAAGACCACGCCGAAGAGUGGCAAAAAAAGGAGAAGGAACAGGAAGGAGAGCUACGCCAUAUAUGUGUACAAGGUGCUGAAGCAGGUCCACCCUGACACCGGUAUUUCGUCGAAGGCCAUGAGCAUCAUGAACUCUUUCGUCAACGACAUCUUUGAACGCAUCGCCUCCGAAGCUUCCCGUCUGGCUCAGUACAAUAAACGCUCCACCAUCACGUCUAGGGAGAUCCAGACAGCCGUGCGUCUCCUGCUGCCCGGUGAGCUGGCCAAGCACGCCGUGUCUGAAGGAACCAAGGCCGUCACGAAGUACACCAGCUCGAAGUAAUUCAAGUGACAUCAUUACCAAUCCAACGGUUCUUUUAAGAACCACACACUUCCGUCCUAAGAGCAAACAAUCUCCUUAAUCACAACACUGAUUAUGUAGUGUGAACUAUUAAUGUCUUGAAUGUACAUUAUGUUGAAUGUCUUUCCUUGAUUUACAGCAGCCCGUUCUGCAGAGUUGUGCCAACAAUUAUGCCAUGUUGAAUUGAAAUGGUCUACAGACUUAUUUAGUUAGCUAUUCCAGAUGAUAAUGAUCCCAACCUUGUGCAAAAUCACCUUAUGUAUCUGGUAUAAUUUUAAACGCAGUGCAUUUCACAUAGCAUAAAAUAGAAAACAUGUAUGAAUGAAAUUACCAAUUUAUACUUAAACCUUGAAAUAUAUUGAAGGAGCGGUGUAAGUUACAAUAUAGCCAAGCUACAGCCAAUACAACAAGGGAAGAAAAGAACACGUGAUCAUAGAACAUUUAAACAAAUUAAUAAAACCGUGGGAUUAUUUUUUGCCUCAAUUGACUUUUCAUUUGG